AUGAGCAAUCAGCAACCUCCGACGGAGUUGUUGUUUUGGAGCUCUCACCAGAUCCGCCAGAUAGAUGGCUUUUGGUACCAGCUGCCGCUUGCAGACCGCAUGGCCGCCUUCCGGUCACGAUUCGAGCCGAGAAGCGACGACAUCCUCUUGACGACGUUCCGCAAAACAGGGACGACAUGGCUCAAGGCUCUCUGUUACAACAUCCUCGACAAAGAAGCAGAAGAACAGGACCUUCUGGCAAAGAAGAACCCCCACGAGGUGGUUCCCACCCUCGACACUACUUUCCUCGAGGAUCGAACACAAGACAUCCUGCUCAAUUCCCCUCCUCCCCGGCUGCUCCACACGCACCUGCCUUACAGUUACCUGCCGGAGGCGGUGAGGGAGUCCGGAUGCAAGAUCGUGUACCUGGCUCGGAAUCCCAAAGACACGGUGGUGUCGAUGUGGCAUUUCUACAACAAGGUGUUGAAAAGUGGACCGGGUGAUGAGCCGUACCCGUUGGAGGGAGCGGUGGAGAGCUUCUGUAGUGGGGUUCUGCCUUUCGGGCCCUUUUACAAGCAUGUGUUGGGAUUUUGGGAGGAGAGCCGGAGGCAGCCUCAGGAGGUGUUGUUUCUCAAGUACGAGGAGCUAUGCAGAGAGCCGAAGGAGCAGGUCAGGAAGCUAGCUUUGUUUCUCGGGAAGCCAUUUUCCCAGCUGGAUGGAGAUGGUGAACUGGAAAAGGUACUGUGGCGGAGCAGCUUGGACAGGCUCAAGAAGUUGGAGGUUAACAAGAGUGGCGUCGGGGAGCUGAACCAUGUGCUCAAUUCCACCUUCUUCAGGAGAGGAACGGUACGAGAUUGGGAGAAUUACUUGACUCCACAAAUGGCUCAGCGCAUUGACCAGCUCACGCAGUCCAAGUUGCAGGGGACUGGACUUUCUCUCGAUGAUUAA